AUGGCUGCAGGGACCAAGCCACCGGCGCUCUUCAAACUCCGACGAGUCCACCUGGGCAAUGGUUGGGCGGGAGCACGAAUUAUGCGAGAAGUCUCCGCGCCGAUGCGAUUCCUCCGUGCCCUCCUGACCCCGUUUAAGGCCGAGCCAGCACAACACGCUCGCUCAGCAGAUCCGGUCAUCGUCCAUUUACAUAAGGAUAGCCCAUCCUCCCGCUUCUCCGGGACCAGCUCUAGACUCAGCAUUCCAAUACCUGAGCUCGAGCCCAGCAAGAGCCCUAUUCCCAAUACACACAACACAGACGAGAGACCAGGUGCCCAGCCCAAUAGCCCCAGGACGGAAACGGCACUCGCUCUCAGCUCGCUUGCUGCGCUCCACGACGGCAGCCUCGACUUUUUCCACAAGCGUGACCCAAGUACCCAGGUACCCCCUCGUACCGGAAGGGGACCCCCGCCCCAGGGCGCAAGCCAAACCGCCAGACCGAGUCUAAUCCCUGCGCACGUCAAUUACUUAUACAAGUACGGACGCCUUGCCGACCUUCGGGGCCUGACUCACCAGAGCAGAGAAUUACUGCUACCUAUUGCACCAUAA